UCCAUGCUGUCCCCCCUCUAUCAGGACCAUGGCGGCUCGGUGGUCUGGCCCCAGACUUCGUCCUGUUCCUCCUCAUCUCAGGGCCUCCACCGCCCACUACGCUGCCACCCUCCCCCAAUCAGCGGGAGCAGCGUGGGCCCCAACCCCACCUACUAUCAUGCUGUCUAUGACGUCCGGGUGGAGCAGUACAGAGAAGUGCCCUUUUUAGGUGGAGGCGGUGGCUACGGGGUGCGCUCAAGCCGGGGAUCCAUAUCCCUGGUAACCAGCAGCAAUGACCCCACAGUCCCGCUGAUACGCCGGAGAGGAGGACUGGUGGACCACCGUGAUGUCAUCUUGGCCCACCAGGCACACAAGCGGCACAACACACCACAGGCCAGGAGGAAGCAAUGGGAAAUGGCGCGUUUUGGAGACGAGCUACCCAACAGGUAUGGAGGAGGAGGAGGAGGUGGUGGUGGCGGUGGUGGCGGGGGUGCCGGCGGACAAGGGGGGCCCGGCCGCGGCGGCAGCAGGCAAGGGGGGCCCCCCGGAGCGCAGCGGAUGUACAAGCAGUCGAUGGCCCAGAGAGCCCGGACCAUGGCCCUGUACAACCCCAUACCCGUCCGGCAGAGCUGCCUAACGGUCAACCGCUCCCUCUUCCUCUUCAGCGAAGACAACGUGGUGAGGAAGUACGCCAAAAAGAUCACCGAAUGGCCUCCGUUUGAAUGGAUGAUCCUCACCACCAUCAUUGCAAACUGCAUCGUCCUGGCUCUGGAACAGCAUCUUCCAGAUGGCGACAAGACGCCUCUGUCUGAACGACUGGAGGAGACGGAGCCCUACUUCAUAGCCAUCUUCUGUUUUGAGUCGGGGAUCAAGAUCCUGGCUCUGGGUUUUGCGUUACACAAGGGCUCCUACCUGAGGAAUGGCUGGAACGUCAUGGACUUCGUGGUCGUGCUCACCGGUAUUUUGUCGUCAGUUGGUUCUCAGCUUGACCUGAGGACACUACGAGCCGUCAGAGUGCUACGACCACUGAAACUGGUGUCAGGGAUUCCCAGCCUGCAGGUGGUACUUAAGUCCAUUAUGAAGGCUAUGAUCCCCCUGCUACAGAUUGGCCUGCUGUUGUUCGUGGCCAUCCUCAUGUUCGCCAUCAUCGGCCUGGAGUUCUACAUGGGAAAGUUCCACACUACCUGCUAUGAUGAAGUCACACGAGAGGUAGUGGACGAAUUACCAUGCGGCAAAGAGUUGCCGUCCCGGUUGUGUCCCAACGGCACGGUGUGUAGAGGUGGCUGGCUUGGACCAAACUACGGCAUCACCCAGUUCGACAACAUCCUCUUCGCCGUGCUCACCGUCUUCCAGUGCAUCACCAUGGAGGGAUGGACAGACAUGCUCUACUUCAGUAAUGAUGUGGAGGGCAGUGCCUGGAACUGGAUGUACUACAUCCCUCUCAUCAUCAUCGGCUCCUUCUUCAUGCUCAACCUGGUGCUGGGUGUACUCUCAGGUGAAUUUGCCAAAGAGAGAGAGCGAGUGGAGAACAGGAGCGAGUUCCUCAAGCUCAGGCGACAGCAGCAGAUUGAGAGAGAGCUCAACGGAUACCUGGAGUGGAUCUGCAAAGCAGAGGAGGUGAUUUUGGCUGAGGACGACGCCACAGGGAACUUUGAUGGUUCGAGGCGAAGGCCAACCAUCAAAACCAAAAACAACAAGACGGAGCUGCUGAACCCUGAGGAGGGAGAGGACAACAUGGGAGAUGCAGUAGGUUUUGCCCGCUCCAGUAUAAAGAGCGGUAAGGAGGGCUCCAAUUACAGUAAGAAGGAGCGACGAAUGCGAUUCUUCAUCCGCAAGAUAGUGAAGACGCAGGCUUUCUAUUGGACGGUGCUGUGCCUGGUGGGCCUCAACACCAUGUGUGUGGCUGCGGUGCAUUACAACCAGCCUGAGCUGCUCUCUGACUUCCUCUUCUAUGCAGAGUUUAUCUUCCUCGCUUUGUUCAUGUCUGAGAUGCUGAUCAAGAUGUAUGGUCUGGGCAUCCAGCCCUACUUCCACUCCUCAUUCAACUGCUUCGAUUGUGUGGUAAUCGUGGGCAGUAUCUUUGAGGUGGUGUGGGCCACCAUCAAACCAGGAACGUCAUUCGGGAUCAGUGUGCUGCGAGCUCUGAGACUGCUCCGCAUCUUUAAAGUCACCAAGUACUGGGCUCCUCUCCGAAACCUGGUGGUCUCCCUGCUAAACUCCAUGAAGUCCAUCAUCAGUUUGCUCUUCCUCCUCUUUCUCUUCAUUGUGGUCUUUGCCUUGUUGGGGAUGCAGCUGUUCGGAGGACAAUUCAACUUUGAAGACGGAACCCCUCCGACUAACUUUGACACUUUUGCCGCAGCGAUCAUGACAGUUUUUCAGAUCCUGACAGGCGAGGACUGGAACAUGGUGAUGUACGAUGGCAUUGAGUCCCAGGGAGGAGUGAACGACAAAGGGAUGGUCUUCUCCAUCUUCUUCAUUGUCCUCACACUCUUUGGCAACUACACUCUGCUUAACGUCUUCUUGGCCAUCGCUGUGGACAAUCUGGCCAAUGCCCAGGAGCUCACCAAGGACGAGGAGGAACAGGAGGAAGCAGCCAAUCAGAAGACAGCAAUGCAGAAGGCUAAGGAAGUGGCGGAGGUUAGCCCGCUAUCGGCAGCCAACCUGUCUAUUGCUGCGUGAGUCCGCCCUCCAAUGGCUCCUUCACUUACACCUCCCAACAGUAAGGAGCAGCAGAAGAACCACAUCAAGGGCAACAAGUCAGUGUGGGAGCAGAGAACGAGCGAGAUCCGCCGACAGAACCUAAUGACGAGCCGCGAGGCGCUCUACAAUGAGCUGGAGCAGGAGGACUGGAAGGUGGGAGGGGAGGGAGAGGAGGUGUCUUACCCACGGAAAGGACGCGGUGAUAUGAAGACCCACCUGGAUCGGCCGCUGGUGGUCAACCCGCAGGACAACCGCAACAACAACACCAACAAGACCCAACCUGGUGAGCUGCCUCUGGACCAGGAGUACCGGCGCCAGGACAUAGACCACUACCGCAGAGCCGCCCACUAUCACCACCACCACCAUCAUCAGAAAGCCAUUGUGCCAGACGGUGGAGGGAUAGGCCAGACCCGCAUGGAGCACGGCUUCAGUUGCACAUCUUUGGGCAAUGUGGAGGGCCAGACGGGGGAGGAGAGGCACAACCACAGGAGCCACCGGGGCCACAGACACAGGAACAGGGAAGGUAGGGAGGCUCGCAGUGUGUCUCCCCACCACAGUGAGGGGGGAGAGGGGACCAACGAACACAGGAGGUCCAGACAGCACCGCAGGGCAGCCAAGGAGGGGGAGGAAGGCAGGAGGCACAGAUCACGGGGGACGGAGGGAGAGGGGGAGAAAGGCGUGGAAGGGGAGGGACGGAAGACCAGACGGCAUCGCCACGGCAACCAGGAGAGGAGCAGAGGGCAUCGCACCAGAAAGGAGCACCACAGCACCUGUCCCAGCCUCUCCACAACACGACCCAUACAGCAGUACAACGAGGACCUGGACAACUUCCGCAACAACAGCAAGCUGGCCAGUGCCCACGAGCACCCUUACGCCCUCCCGCCGGAUCAUCCCGACCAUCCCGACCACGUCAACAACAUGCUGAAUUGCCGCGAUGCCGACACCCACACCCUGCUCCACAGCAUGGACAGCCUGAUCCUGACCAGCAUGGCCAAACCCGAGUACACAAAGAUAGACAUGCCACCUGUCUACCCCUACCCCUCCACAAACGCCAUCCUGCAAGUGAACAAGAACGCCAACACUGACCAGAAGAAGAGUGAGGAGAAGAAGGAGGAGGACGAGGAAGGGGAUGAAGACGGCCCCAAACCCAUGCCUCCCUACAGCUCCUGCUUCAUAAUGUCCACAACCAACCCGUUUCGGAAGUGCUGUCACUACAUCCUGACUCUGAAGUAUUUUGAGUUCAGCAUCCUGUCUGUCAUCGCUAUGAGCAGCAUCGCCCUCGCUGCAGAGGACCCUGUCUGGCCUGACUCACCACGAAACAAUGUGCUGCGUUAUUUUGACUACGUUUUCACAGGCGUCUUCACGUUUGAAAUGUUGAUCAAGAUGGUGGUGCUGGGCUUGUUUCUCCACCAGGGCUCCUACUUCCGCGACUUGUGGAACAUUCUGGACUUUAUAGUGGUUAGUGGUGCUCUGGUGGCCUUCGCCUUCACGCCGAGCACCACCCGGGGGAGCAGCAAGGGCAAAGACAUCAGCACCAUCAAGUCCCUUCGUGUGCUGAGGGUGCUGCGUCCUCUGAAGACCAUCAAACGCCUCCCCAAGCUAAAGGCUGUGUUUGACUGUGUGGUCAACUCUCUGAAGAACGUGCUGAACAUCUUAAUCGUCUACAUGCUCUUCAUGUUCAUCUUCGCCGUGGUGGCCGUGCAGCUUUUCAAGGGCCGUUUCUUUUACUGCACGGACGAAUCGAAAGAGUUUGAGCGUGACUGCAGGGGCGAGUACUUGGUGUACGAUAGAGAGGAGGUUAAAGCUCAGAAGCGGGAGUGGAAGAAGUACGAUUUCCACUACGACAACGUGGCUUGGGCCCUGCUCACCCUCUUCACUGUCUCCACUGGAGAGGGGUGGCCGCAGGUGUUAAAGCACUCAGUGGACUCCACCUAUGAGAAUCAGGGCCCUAGCCCAGGUUACAGGAUGGAAAUGUCCAUCUUUUACGUGGUGUACUUCGUUGUCUUCCCCUUCUUCUUCGUAAACAUCUUUGUGGCUCUCAUCAUCAUCACCUUCCAGGAACAGGGGGAUAAGAUGAUGGAGGACUAUAGCUUAGAAAAGAAUGAGAGAGCGUGUAUAGAUUUUGCCAUCAACGCCAGGCCUCUGACUCGCCACAUGCCGAAGAAUAAACUCAGCUUCCAGUAUCGCAUGUGGCAGUUUGUGGUGUCUCCACCCUUCGAGUACAGCAUCAUGGCUCUGAUUGCGCUCAACACCAUCGUCCUCAUGAUGAAGUUUGACGGUGCUUCAACAACGUAUGAUGAAGUCCUGAAGAACCUUAACAUUGUGUUUACCACCUUCUUCUUCAUGGAAUCAGUUCUCAAGAUCAUUGCUUUCGGCCCUCUGAAUUACUUCAGAGAUGCCUGGAACAUUUUUGAUUUUGUCUCCGUCCUUGGAAGCAUCACUGACAUAUUAGUGACAGAGCUAUGGAAUAACUUCAUCAACUUGAGCUUCCUGAGGCUGUUCAGAGCAGCUCGUCUCAUCAAGCUGCUCAGACAGGGAGAGACCAUCCGCAUCCUGCUGUGGACCUUCGUCCAGUCCUUCAAGGCUCUGCCAUAUGUGUGCCUGCUCAUUGCCAUGCUCUUCUUCAUCUAUGCCAUCAUUGGCAUGCAGUUGUUUGGGAAUCUGGCCCUAGACGAGGAGAGAGAAGGAGCCAUCAAUGAGCACAAUAACUUCAGAACCUUCAUCAUGGCCCUAAUGCUGCUCUUCAGGAGCGCAACGGGCGAGGCGUGGCAUGAGAUCAUGUUGGCUUGCCUGGGUGGUAAGGAGUGUGACCGGGCUUCAGGGAACACAGGACCUGAAUGUGGCAGCACUUUCGCCUACACCUACUUUGUCUCCUUCAUCUUCCUCUGCUCUUUCCUGAUGCUGAAUCUGUUUGUGGCCGUCAUCAUGGACAACUUUGAGUACUUAACCAGAGACUCGUCUAUCCUGGGGCCGCAUCACCUGGACGAGUACGUAAGGAUAUGGGCCGAGUACGACCCUGCCGCCUGCGGGCGCAUACAUUAUAAGGAUAUGUACAGUUUAUUGCGAGUUAUCUCCCCUCCCCUGGGCCUUGGCAAGAAAUGCCCACAUAGGGUGGCCUGCAAGAGGCUGCUGCGUAUGGAUCUACCGGUUGCCGAUGACAACACGGUGCAUUUUAACUCGACCCUCAUGGCUCUGAUCAGGACAGCACUGGAUAUAAAGAUUGCCAAGGGCGGUGCAGACAAGCACCAGAUGGAUGCAGAACUGAGAAAGGAGAUGAUGGCCAUUUGGCCAAACUUAUCACAGAAGACACUGGACCUGCUGGUUACGCCACACAAGGCAGCCACAGACUUGACGGUGGGCAAAAUCUACGCCGCCAUGAUGAUCAUGGAAUACUACCGGCAGAGCAAGACGAAAAAGCUGCAGGCCCUGCGAGAGGAACAGCGCAUGGAGCCGCCCUCUGAGGGAGGGGGCACGGACGGCCAGGGGGGCCAAGGCCUGAACGGCCUCCCCAGCACCCAGCCGGACAACCUCAACAGCAUACCUCCAGAGGGUGGCAUGACCGAGAGCCAGUCGUGGAUGACAACCAAAGCCCAGGAAAUGUUCCAAAAGACGCGUAACUGGAGCCCCGACAGACCCUACCCCGACGAUCUCCAUGACAACCGUCACAACCCGCAGAAUGUAGAGAUGAGGGAGAUGGGGCGGGACGGGUACUCCGACACUGAGCCCUAUCACCCAAUGGAUGGGCAUGGGCGGACCCUCUCCAUGCCCCGCCUCUCGGCAGACAACCAAAGAGCUCAUGCUGUUUCGCGGAGGAGACACAGGCCUCGUGGAAAUAACCUCAGUACCAUCACCGACACCAGUCCAAUGCGCCGCUCCACCUCCAGCCUGGUCCACGGGCGUACGGGCCGGGGCGUGAGGCUGGACGACUACUCCCUGGAGAGGGUGGUGUCUGAGGAGGGAAGACACGGAGGGGGACGCAGACACAGGGACAGGAGUCACCGUGCCUCGCAGCGCUCCCUGACCAGAUACACUGAUGCAGACACGGGCCUGGGCACAGACCUCAGCACCACCACGCAGUCGGGCGACCUUCCGCCCAAGGAGCGUGAGCGGGACCGCGGCCGGACCAAGGACCGUCGUCACCACCAUCACCAUCACCACCAUCACAGCUCCAUGGACAAGGAGCGCUACGGCCCGGACCGCCAUGACUACCCCCACAGGCAUCCCCAUGACCGCCACUGGUCCCGCUCGCCUAGCGAGGGGCCUGAUGGACGAGGACACAGACAGGGCAGUAGUUCGGUGAGCGGCAGCCCGGUCCCCUCCACCUCGGGGACCAGCACUCCGCGGAGAGGCCGUCGCCAGCUGCCCCAGACCCCUGCUGUCCCCCGUCCACAUGUCACCUACUCCCCCGCUGUCCGAAAGCCCAGCUACGGUCCCCCAGGGCCGGGCCGACUGCGCUCGCCCUCCCCCAGACACUUCUCCCCACCAGACCACGAAAGGGGUUACCACCACCGGCCCCCGUCAAGGCACGCAUCUCCACACCACGGGGGCUCCUCGUCCCGGCACGGUUCGCCGCGCUCUCCGAGGCACCAGUCCCCGCGCUCACCCCUCCACGGCUCACCUAGGUCCCCUCACCGAGGCCGCUGGAGCGGGCCUCCGCCUGGGGACAGCCUGGAGGGCGACGGGCCCUUCUACGAGCGCGACUACGAGUACGAGCGACACCAUGAGCCCCCCGCCUACGAGCAAAGCCUCUCUCAUGGCAACCCACACCCACAUGGGGGAAAUCCACACCCACACCCACGAUCACCAAGGACUGCCCGCCACGGGCCCCCUCCGCCCCCUCACCCGCAUCCUCGUAGGGUGCCCAAUGGCUACCGCUCAUCCUCACCCUCUCCACACCGGCGGGGGCCACCUGGGGUGCCCCCCCACCCGCACCACCGCCCCCCCCAUGCUCGAGGGCCCCGCAAGGGCCUGCAUGAACCUUAUAGUGAGACGGACGAGGAUGACUGGUGCUAGCAACCACAGGGAGUGAGGGAUAAGGGCAGGAGAGGAGAAGAAGAAUAGCAGCCUCCGGUGCUCUGGCCUUGGAUAUGUAGACUUUUAAUAAAGCAGAGCAGAGGUGCAGAAAGGGCAGUGGGGAUGGGGGUGAAGGUGCUGCAGAGAUAGCCUUUUACAGUUUUUGUGUAAGACUCAAAUCAGCGACAGAGCAGCACAUGGAUGAAUUGAAAAAGAGACUGCCAACCAGGGCACGGUUUACUUCUGCCUCUCUCUGUCUCAGAACUACACUACAGAAUUCAAUGCUUGACCAGCACGGCCAGGCUGCAGGAGGAAGAGAGAGAGGUGUGGGGACAGAAAAGCGACGGAGGAGCAUGUAAAAUGGCCAGGAAUGAUCAUGGUUUACGAGGCCUAAGAGCGCUUCUCCCAGACUGUCGCGUGAUUGGUUAGUCUCGUCAGAUGUGCGCUAUCUGUUGCUGGCCAGUCUGCUAAUGUAAAAGCCUGAAAAUGAGCUGGAACACAGAGUCCACUGCUUUGACUCUGCUCCUUGAACUGAUAUGUUUAAAGAAAAAUAAAUUAACAAAAAGCCAGGACCCCCUAACCCUUACAUGCCAAGCUAUGCCUCCAGAAAAUCUAACUUGAACAAUGAAGAACAAAAUGAAAACUUUACAUGACAAACAAUGAAAAGAAAAAAAGGGAGAACAACCACUUUAUCUUUAACCUUUUUCCUUUCCAAGGGACAGAACCAGGAAGCUCCGCCUAUACUGCAAAAACCAGCCAAUCACAGUGCUGGCUGAUAAUUGAUGAGUUUUAUCAUCUCUGUUUACUGUUAAAGACUCACUUAAUGCUGACGGAACUGGUGUGACAUCACUUCCUGUCUGGCGGUGGUGGCAGUGGAGGGGGGCGGGGUUCGAGCGCUCCAUGGGGUGGGGGUGAGCUCAGGUAACUUGAGAAGGGAGUAGGACACUUCGUCAAGCCCCUUCCUCCUCAGUUACUCGACCCAGCGCACGGCGAGGGAUGACCUGACAGGAAAUGACAUCACACGGUUGAAUGGGGCGGAGGAGAGGAAAGGAGGGAUGGGGAAAAAGACUAAUUUCUUCAGUAUUUCUUCUAUCGAUUACUUCUCCUUCUUGUUCUUCUUCGGACAUUGGAGCUUGGUUCUUCUGUUGCAUUCGCUCAGCCUCCUUUGAUCUUUUACGGAGUCCAAAAUUUGAUGGAAACCUGCAUGAUUGAUUAAAUACAUACUAGAGAGGAAAUCUAACUGGUGUGGGUGGGACCUGGGGGCUUUAUAGGAAACUUUGCAUUUAGGUUACAAAAGAAGUACUCUUCUUUCAGACUCUCUCUCUCUCUUACAUCUCAAAUGUAAUUUCCGUUUUCUUUUUACCCAAAAACAGGUUUUGACAGUCGGCUGUUUUUUUGUUUGUUUCAGUUUUCUGCCGACACGGUUCAAAAGCUACAUUUCUACAACCUAUUAAAAGACAGGAAACGCAGCAGGAUCACAUAAAAGUUUCCUGUUGUGCUUGAGAAACAAGAGGGAGAAAGGGUGGAGAGAAGCGGACUUCUACCACACUUGAUUUAUUAAUGUUAAUGAUGAUAGUCUUAUGAAUAAUGAUAUCAAUGUCAAUGCAAAAUGACGAUGACAAUGAUGGUGAUGAUUGAUUGACUGAGUGAUAGAACUGUUGCUGUAGAUUUGUUGUCAUGUUACUUGGAAUUUAAGUAUGCUAUGUCCAUUUUGUUUACAUCCGUUCUGCUUUUAUCCCCCCGCUCAAUGACGUUUACCGGGUUCCUGAUGCCUUCCUGCGACGUUUCGGGGCAAUGACGGCUUGGGAACAUUCACUUAGCAGCGUUGCGUGUUGUAACGCAACUCCUAAGAUACACUCUCUCUUCAGAAUGGUGGAGGUAGAGGUCUUGCAAGGAUUCAUCGGGUCAGUACUCUUUUCAAGCCAACCCAAAGAUCAAGAAUUCAUGCUCAGAGGCAGGGGUAGACCAGAUCAUUGAGAACGUGGAAGAGUCUGUCUGCCUUUUACACUGCAGACAACACAGUUUUACUGAAGUUAAAGUUCUACCAUGGUUGAAUUCUUCCACCUGCAGCCAAAAAAAAACUAUGAAUUUAAAUCUUUUUCCUCUGUCGGGUUCUGUAGUUUUGUAUCGAGAUCGGUUGCCGGCAAUGACAGCACAGUAUUGGUGGUACAGUGUUGGUGUCAGUAUUAGGUGGUGUUGUUCUCUUUUUUUGCCACCAGGGGGCAGUUAUCAGCACACAUCCGCCCUGCCUUCCCCUUGAAAGGACAGCCUCCAGGCCACAUCCUUGUUUCUAGACCUGGACUGAAACCUCCAUAUACCUGCCUCUUAUAUCUUUGUAAGAUAUAUGGGCCUAGAUGAAGUCCAGUCUUCGUCAGGAAACAUGGAUGCAGCCUUGGAGACGCCAUAUCUGUCCGUUUGUCAGUCCGUCCUUCUGUCUGCCUGUCUGUGCCAAUGCUGACCUCCCCUCCAGCCCCUUCUCUCAGGUCUGGAUAACCAGAGAACAGUCACCAAAUCACCGAUCCAAUCACAUGAGGUUGUAGCGAGACUGAAACCUCCUCUGCCAAAAACCCGCUUCAGUAUCCACCAACCUCUCUCUCUCUCUCUCAUCUUUUUCUUUUUCUGUCCAUUUGCUCUUACAUCUGUUCUUUCAGCUUUGCCAGAGAGCGACACUGAAGACACUAAAGGCAUCACAGGACAGAAACACUUAGGAAUAAUAACUUCAUCCUUAUUGUUAUGAGGGACAGCAAUUAUUGAAUAUUCAAUAACUCUAGGACAAGAUGAUAAAGUAUAGAUAAAUAUAGAUGAUAAACUACAUAUAAAUCUAGAUAUAAUACAGUAGAUGUAGUUAUAGAUAACAGACAGAGUAUAAUUAGAGUUUCAGAUAAUUAUUUAUUUUGCAUACCGUUCAUGCUUAUGACACGGUCGACGAUCUAGCUACUCUUGAAAACUCGCGCUGUUUUCUCCGCAGUUGCAGAAGCCAGAAAACAAACCCCAGUCCACGUGUUUUGACUCUAUGCAGACCUCAUGAGCAUCCUCGUCAUAUUAUUUCGGAGGAGAACCUGCAACGCUGUGCUACUGUAAAACGGAUUGAUGAAACGGGAACACGUGGAUCUGAGAAAAUGUGAAGAUCGACACCAAGUUUGCACACGUCACUUGACAUCGCACCCACAGUGAAACCCCUUUCUUUCAUGUCGCUGUCUUUUUCCCCCUCCCCUCCUCCAGAUGAUUUUCCCCUCGCCAUCCGUCUCUCCUCUCCCGAAACGUGUUGCCUCCAGGCCUAGUGGUUGAGCACAGCGUAGUGAAGAUGGAGAUGGGGGGGGUUUUGUUUUUGUUGAUCGUUCACUUGUUUGGCGGGAGUCGAGGGGCCCAAACCCAAAACCCCUCCGCCCUCACCUCCCAUCAAGAGAGGUUACGGCAUGUGGGGUCGCUUCCCAAAUACCCCCUUACAGAGCCACAGUGCCUUCUGUAUCAGAGUCACAUUCGUCACCCCCCCAAUUUCCUCGCCCCUAGCCGCUCCCAUCCGCCCCCCUCCCUCACCCUCUGUAGUAGUUGAGAUCAACCACACUACGCCUUAAAAGUCGAGUCCCACCGGCUCCCGUGCUAGCAUAGAAACAGGGAGAGCGGUGAUUUUGAGACUGGGCCACAGUGGGGAAAUAACCAAGAGGCUGGACUUGAAGCAGUGAAAUCACCAUCGCGUCCGGUGGGCGUAGUCGCUUAACACUCCCAUGCAAGCGCACGCAGUGAAAGAGACCCACACGGUUCGAGUCAGAGCAGCGUGCGUUUCGACUUUCGAGAUUCAAGAUUCAAAUGGUCUUCGCUGGCAUACCGGAUUCUGCUAGCAAGCAAGCCCUCUUGGCUUCAUCUCCCCGUUAGGCAUUUUGUGUCCAUCCCAGAUGUGUCGUGGGUCCAGUUUCAGGCGGUGUAGUGAGAGGUUUACAGAGGUGCAAAGCGAUUGCUUACUUCUCAGGUCCCUCUAGAGUUAGGUAGCUAGAUAGUUAGACCACGUAGGGAAGAGUCAGCUACAAAACAAGCAGGCCUCAGAUUGAGUUGUUGUAUGGUUUUACCUGGCAUGGCAUCAGACGCUGUAAAGUUGACACACACACACACACACACACCCUCCCCCCUUCACUAACCUACAUCACACACUCCUCACCUCCCCGACAGCCUGCCGACGCGCCAACGCUCGACACCAAGCGUGUUGACAGGCAGGCAGGAAAAAAAAAACACCUCCAUUUUGGCUCCACGACAACACUCGCUCGUCCAGAAUUGUAACAGCGGAUCCAAAAUGGCCGACACACAACACUGCCCCUGUGUGAAAGCAUGUUGUGUGUGUGUGCUUUUCCGAGAACAAAUCCCAUUCUUUGGGGGAAAAAAAGAAAAAAAAAGUUGAACAUCUGAUCUUUUGUUUCUUCACUGACUUUUUUGAACGGCGUUCGGGGGAUUGCAAGGUUUUGGCUCAGUCAUCACUUCUCUCCACAUCAGCUUUCUACGUCCUCACCUCCGGCUUCUGUCUCCCAUCCGUCUGAACCUCUGACUAAUCUUUUUUUUUUUUUUCCUCUUCGUUAUGGGACGAAGGAAAAACUACCAACCCAUCCACUCAGUCGGCUGUGAAAUUGUGUCAGUGGGUCAGUCGUGAGGCAACGUGUCGACAAAAACACGAAAAAGGGCUCUCUUUAAAAAAAAAACUACACAGUGGGUUUUAAUGUACAGUAGUGCUGCCAAAAGUUGUGCUUAUGUAGCUGAAGCCACGCCGUGGUCUCCCCUUUGUACAGCACUAGAUGUGUGCAUGCGUGUGUGUGUA